GGCGCUUUGUCGCGUGCCCCAUGCUAUCAUCUCAGAUUCUACGAUUAAAGCUCAAGACAUUAUAUUGUCAUUCAAACGAUCACAACCUUCGGUAUUCACACUGCUGAUUGUACCACUACCCUUUCGUCUAUUGGCCAUUCAAUCCUUCUCCGGCGACAAAGCCUUGUUCUCAUGGUUCCUGCAUGAAACUCGCUACUACUGAAAUUUUCACAUACCGUUAUUUCGCCUCACACACUUUCCUCAGGCCCUCAAAUCCCGAGAGACCAGGAUCGGGCACAUACCAGGAAUAUUUGACAGGAGCCAAUCCUCUUUCAUUGCAACCGCUCUCUUGCAGCUCCUGCAGGCCACACCGCACACAAGCCGCCAGUUCACCACCUUGUACAAGCCAGUCGAGAAGUUCGCCGAGGAACGGCCCAAAAUGAACCAAUCAGCAACCUCAAAUCAGGCAGAGAACCCUGCCAAGAUGGAUCUCCAAAAAGAUCAAUCUGUGCAGGAAGAAGAUGGCUUUAUCGACAUUCAUCACGCCGACGUCGAUAUGCCAGAUAGUGAGGCGGAUGAUGCCACACAUUCAUCAACUGCGCCCCAUGAACUUCAGCGAUUCACAAAUAAUUUAGAAGAUCCCGACGACGCCGUUGACGACCAGGACGACGACUCUGAGGAUGAGCACGAUGCCAUGGCAAAUCAUCCGUUGCUAAGUAUGCUCACCGGACGCUUGGGCGCACGCCGUCGUGGCUCUUCGCACGAAUGGGACCAUCUUCAUCCUGAAAAUCAGGCAUUGUCAGUUGCCAAUGCUGAUGAAUGCUUUUCUGUCGAAGAGUCGGUGUUUCCUCCAGAGGAGAGAGCGAGUCGAGAAAAGUUUCACUAUCGGCUCACCCGAUGUCCAGAGCUGAGUCUCGGCUUAUUCACUCAGCCUACCAAAGCGGAAGUGGAAGAUUCCUCCACCCCUGCAAAGAGGAAAUUGAUGGCACAUAUUGUCUCGACCCGGAGCCCAGCGCCGUGCGUGACUGAGGCGUCCAUGAAAGUUCCAUCCAAUUGGAGAACAAGGAGGUCUUCGCUUCCGACGAGCACUGAAGGGGAACCCGAAGGCCAUCAAGAAACUGGAGGCACGAUUUGCUUGCACUCUUUAGCCGUUGCUCCCGAGUUUCAAAAGAUGGGACUUGGAACGGUUUUGAUGAAGUCGUAUAUUCAACGGAUGAAGGACUCCCGAUGUGCGGAAAGAAUUGCCUUGCUUGCCCAUGACCAUCUCAUUCCGUUCUACACCAGCCUUGGAUUCGAGAACAUGGGCCCUAGCACAGUGACAUCCUGCGGUACCGGGUGGAAUAACAUGAUUCUCGAAUUUACUCACGACGAUGACGACUAGAGACGGCCGAUGCAGCGGAGUUGCAGAGAAUGGCAAUCUGGUGAUGGAGUACACAAUGGAGACUUUGAGGACGAGAUCAAGCUGGCAGUGACGAGGUCUGAUGAUGAGAGAAUAUGGUAUUGUUGUAUGGAUAUGGGAGAACGAUUCUCGGCCAAUGGAGACUGCAUUACUCGUGUGAGAAUUGCUUCUCGGACAAAUUGCUGUAGUUGUAACGAAAAUCGCAGAAAGGUCAGAAAGGUCACGAGAUUUGAGAGGCACGAGUAGCCACACCAGAUAGCAAAUCUAUGAGUGAC